AAAGAACGGAAGAGAGAGACAGAUAGAGAUAGAGAGAUAAAGAGAGCGAGAGAGAAAGCAACGUGCAGAUGGAGGGAUUGGCAGAGGGAAAAAAAACAGAGAAAACAGAGACGGCAGGAGCGACGCCAAAAACGAGAGUAAUCUGUAAAUAAGUAAACAUUACAACUGUGUUUCCAGCAUUCUGAGACAGACAGACAGAGAGAGAGGGAAAGAGAGAGAGAGAGAGGGAAAGAGAGAGAGGGAAAGAGAUAGACAGAUAGAGAAGAGAAUUCAUCCCCUCAUCAUUGUCCUUGUGGGCAGAGGCUUCGGAUUUUUCUCCUGAAACCUGAUCACACAUCCACAGGGAACACAGAGAGCGAUGGAUGUGGAAGACAUUAUUUGCUGCAUCAAAGAGGGAGAUGAAGAUGGCAUUCGAGUGCAGUUGCACCACUUCAACAGAGAGUUUGCUCAGUGCUUCUUCUUUGAUGCAGAGGAGAAGGAGCGGAGAAGAAGGCAGGAACUGGAAGAGUUCAAGAAGAAUAAGGUGCGGGAUUAUAUUCCCGACUCUGACUCGGAUGAAGAUGAAAAGGCAGAGGAUCCAGAUGUUCUUCUCAGAUUGAACCUAGCGGCGGUUCUUACCCAGUACAUCCGCUCAGAUCCACCUGGGCGAGUACUGAAGAUGUGUCUGCAAACCCUACGCAUCCUCUCCCGGGACAAGAAGACCCUGGGUCCCCUGGUGACCGACAACUCCCUGCUCACUCUGGCAAAACUCGGAGGGGUGAACAGCGGGGUCGUCUCCCGCGACGACGAGGAUGACCCAGAAAACCCCUAUGCCUCCAUACUGGAGGCCCUAGCCGAGGUGAGGAGGAGCGAAGACCGGGGCAACCCAAGCGACGAAGGCAACGGUGCCGAUGCAGAAGAGGACGACUUCGAUCCCCACAGCUCGGCCGAGGGCGAUGCCGACAGCGGCAGGAGCGACGGCACCAACCAGGACAGCGAGGAACACGCUGACCAGGCCAGGAACGCCCGGGUCGACAGUAACACCGCGCACACCUGUGUGGGGAGCCAGCCGCGGGGCAGCAUCCAGAAGAUGCUCGCCCGGGGCAAGAAAGACAACCGUGGAAGCAUAGUUGAUAUUGGAUCGGAUGAGGAAGAAGAGGAGGCCGGAGAGGACGUACUGAGGAAGGAGGCGAUGAAGGUCCUCUGCAAUGUGAUCUACAACAGUGUCUGGGCCCAAGAAAGAGCUAGUGAACUCAGACUCUUAUCAGGUGUACUAGAGGCCUUGGCGAUGGAGACUCAGUCACUGUCUCCCCACUGUGGCCAGUUCUAUGAACUGCGCUUCAUGUUCAUCUUGACAGCUUUGAGACCAGAACUCAGAACACAACUGAAGCAGGAGGGAGGGGUGCCCCUGUUGACUGACCUGCUUGAGCAGUGUCUUAAAGUGCAGUGGGGUGAGCAAAACCAGGUAGUGGUGAAUCCUACAGCGCCCCCUGUGCCCACGGAGGCCUCACAGCGGGCCAUGGAGGCCUUGAAGAUUCUCUUUAACAUCACCCACAGCACACACACCCAGGAUCCCAGUGAGGAGGAUUCUGCUCUCUUUCGUCACCUGGCGGCCAUUUUGGGCCAAUGCCUGAUUAUUGCCUGUGAAGGAGAGAAGGAGACAGAUGAUCUGAAAGGACACACCGUUAAUCUGCUGUCUGCUCUGCCUCUGAGCUGUCUGGAUAUUCUCCUGUCUAUUCCGCUCUCUCCGAACUCAGAGCAGUGGGAGGGCUUGAACAUGGACUGUGUCCAGUCGCUCCUGGUCUACAUGGAAAGGAAGCUGGAGAAGGGGGUUAAGGUGAAGGCGAAGCUCACUCCAGUUCUGAACUUCCUGACAGAAUGCUCCAGAGCUCACAGGCAGACACGCCGCUACCUGAGACAGCAGAUACUGCCCCCCUUGACAGACGUCAGCUGUAGGCCAGAGCAUGGGACCACGGUGAAGAGCCAGCUGGUGCGCCUCAUGACCCACGUGGACACGGAGGUCAAACACUGUGCUGCUGACCUCCUCUUUGUCCUCUGCAAAGAGAACGUGAGCCGCUUCGUGAAGUACACAGGCUACGGCAAUGCUGCCGGGCUCCUGGCCACCAGGGGGCUGAUGGGAGGUCACUCAAAGAGCUGCGUCCAAACAGCACACUACUCCAGCGACUCUGACUCAGACACGGAGGAGUACCGGCAGGCCAAGGGACGCGUGAACCUGGUGACGGGGCGGGUGGAGGAAGAGCAACCUGACCCGAUGGAGGGAAUGACGGAAGAGGAGAAGGAAGAAGAGGCACGACGUCUGGUGUUUCUCUUCAGCCAACUCUCACGAGAGAAUGUGAUCCAGCCAAUGGGCAUGAACGCAGAUGGCCACCUGACACCGAUAUCCGGACUCAUGACUGACCCCAUGGCCGAGGAGGGUGAGGAGAACGGUGGUGCUGACGAUCUGGAAGAUGUAGAGUAGAGGCAAACGAGAAAGAGAUACUUUGCUUCAGCGAUUACCAGAAGCUUGAGGACAUAAUAGUGCUGCUCUGUGUCAAGCCAUCUGUGGUUGUAUUAUUCCCCUUAAAUUGAUUAUACCCCAUUCUUUCGUUUAUAGGAAACAGAAAGAGAACCGAGUUUAAAAGAGUAGAAUGCAUACAUGAAGGUAUUAGUUUGUGUCCAUGUCAGUUCUCAGACAUCCUGAUACAAAGGGGAACUUGGACAUUUUUUGGAGUUCCCCAGCAAUGGCUGUCCACAGAGAGUUCUUAAGUAUGAAAUGACCAUCUUAACCAAUUAAACCGAUACCAAGGUUUAUUCCCAAAGUAUCUGCGACGCUUAAAGUCCCUACUUUAGCCAUGCAAGGUGAUGUGAAGGGACAUUUCAGUUUCACUAGUAGGUUCUCAUCCUCGUCUUUGAGAGGACUGCAUUUCCUGUCCGAACAUGUUCCGUUUAACUGCAACAAGCAUAUGCUUACUCUAUCCAUGUUACUUACACAUGAAACAUUAAAUGCACUUACACAUGAAACUACUUUUUGCUGUCAAAAAUGUAAACACUUCUAGAUGUAUAAUGAUGAUAUAACUCUGAAGCCAUGAUAAAUAAAAAUGAUAUAAUUGUGCUCUUUA